UCAAAGAGAGCAUAUACACUGUUAUCAAGGUACCAUAAACGAGGCUAAAAGAGACGACGAACCCUUAAUCGCGGCAAUCGAGACUAGCACACCAAAGAGCUCAUAUUAUCUUUACCGAAUACCAUGAGCCCCGAAGAUAAGAAAUUAGCGAUCAUAGCUGGUAUUGCUUUCUUAACUGGAGUGUUCGUUGGGUACAAGCUGAAGACUUGGCGCGUUUCUUAUUUGAAGAAGAAAAGGGACUGGUUUGCUAAGAAACUUGCUGCAACAAACAGGGACAUCGUUUCAUAGGGGGUUUCGGUUUCAUAGUGCAUAGCGUUAUCUUCGUUUAUCUGUGAGCUUUUAUAUAUAUAUACACACCAUCAACAGUCAGAGAUGUUACCUGCAAUAGUAAUCCAUGGUGGAGCAUGGGCUAUCCCAGAUAAUCUGGCCGAGGCCAGUGUGCUAGCAGUGAAAGAAGCUGCACAGAGAGGAUAUGAGAUUCUACAGGGAGGGGGAAGUGCCUUGGAUGCUGUGGAAGCAGCUGUUAUAUUACUGGAAGAUAACCCUGCUUUUGAUGCAGGCACUGGAGCUGUACUGAAUGAAGAUGGAGAAGUAGAGUUAGAUGCUAUGAUAAUGGAAGGAAAGUCUCUAGCAGCAGGUGGAGUUUGCUGUGUGAAGAACAUAAAGAACCCAGUUCAACUUGCUAGACUAGUCAUGGAAAAUACUGACCAUGUUCUUCUAUCAGGCCAAGGUGCUAAUACAUUUGCUAAAAGUCAGGGAAUAGAAGAGGUUCCUGUUGAAAUACUGGUCACAGAAGAGAGCAAAAGAGAGUGGGAGACUUACAUGCAGUUCAGAAAAACUGUAAAAGUUCUGUUUAGAGAAAGACAGUCUGAUCAUGAUACAGUAGGGGCAGUGGCAGUGGAUAGCAAUGGAAAUGUGGCAUGUGCAACUUCUACUGGUGGAAUAACUGCAAAAAUGGCAGGAAGAGUAGGGGACAGUCCACUCAUUGGCAGUGGUGGAUAUUGUGACAAUGAUGUAGGAGCUGUGUCAUGUACAGGUCAUGGGGAGUCCAUCUUGAAGGUGUGCCUGGCCAGACACAUUAUUCAACUUAUGGCAGACGGUCAUACUGCUCAGCAAGGCGUUGAAGCAGCACUAACUUCAAUGUCCAGGAAGGUGCAGGGUACAGGGGGCGCUGUUGUUGUCAGUAAUAAAGGGGAACUUGGCAUGCAUUUCAACACAGAGAGGAUGGCAUGGGCAGCCAUGAGAAAUGGGGACCUAAAGUGGGGUCUGAAUCCUGGUGAAGAAGGAAUUGGGGUUCUGGAUAGUUCACAAAAACUUUCUGUUCCACCCACCCCAGCAGCUGUGCAGUCAGAUGUAACACCCUGUAUAGUUGUUCAUGGGGGUGCUGGAUCAGGAUUUAUCCCUUCUGGCAGUCAGAAGUAUGAAGCAUACACAGAAGGGGUUUUGGCUGCUAGUAAAGCAGGCUAUCAGGUUCUGAAAGAUGGAGGCAGUGCAGUAGAUGCAGUAGUUGUAGCUGUCAAAGUGAUGGAAGAUAAUCCUUCAUUUAAUGCAGGCACAGGCUCCAAACUGACAGUGGCGGGUACUGUAGAAAUGGAUGCACUGGUGUGUGACGGGCAGACACUGAAUUCUGGUGCAGUGGCAACAGUGAAAAAUAUAAAAAAUGCUAUAGAACUUGCAAAGCUAGUGAUGGACAAGACAGAUCACAUGUUGAUAGUAGACAAGGGUGCAAAUGUCUUUGCUUCAAAGAUGAAUAUUCAGGAAGUAGAUCCAUUAUAUCUUGUCACUGGAAGGUCUUUAGAUUCAUUGAAGACAUACACAUCAUCCUAUACUAAAGCAACUGUAGGAGGAUACGAGAAAAGGGCACUCCAUGAAACUCUACCUUCAUCGAGUGCUGAACAUGAAACAGUAGGGGCUGUAGCUGUGGAUUAUCUUGGAAACGUGGCUAGUGCGACAUCUACUGGUGGCAUCACUGCUAAAAUGUGUGGGAGAGUUGGAGAUGUUCCAAUUGUUGGUGCUGGUGGUUAUGCCGACAAUCAAUAUGGGGCAGUGUCUACAACAGGGCAUGGGGAAGCUAUAGCACGGUUAUGUCUAGCAAAAUUGGUCAUUGAACUCAUAGCAAAAGGUAACAGUGCCCAGCAGGCCAGUGAGAAAGCCCUGCACCAACUGGCUAAAAGAAUUGAGGAGGCAGCAGGUGCUGCUGGGCUUAUUACAGUGACACCUGGUGGGGAUAUUGGUGUUUAUACCAUAACUGGGGGUAUGUCCUGGGCUGCAAUAAAGAACAAUGAACCAUGUUAUGGUAUCAAUCAUGGGGACUAUUUAAAAACAACUCUGUGAAGUUGUUAAGCAUUAUAUUUUACAAGUGAGACUCAUACCAUUGUCAUUUUUGACAAGCCUUGGAAUAAGUUUUAUGUGUAGUACAACAUUAAGGAUAGGUUCCCACAGUUUAUAUGAUACAAUUAUCUUUCCAAGGAUAUGUGUAUGUAUCAAUUCAACCAUCAAAAGCCUAAAUAUGCUACAUUAUGUUUCAAAAGUGUACAGUAGACCCCCCCCCCC